GAGAGCUUCAGAAGAACUGAAUCUACUAACAACAGAGAAGAUCACUGAAGAAGAGAGAAGAAUGAAGAUCAUCUGGACUUUCACUCUGCUGAUGAUUCCUGGUGUGUUGAGCUCCAUCAGUGUGACAGGAUAUUCAGGAGGAGGAGUCAGCAUCACAUGCAGAUAUGAUAGAGGAUAUACAGACAAUAACAAGUAUUUUUGUAGAGGACAGAAUCCAGGAUGCAAAGACCUCAUCAAGACGGAUAUUAAAGAUAAAUUGGUUGAUUCUGAAAGAUUUUCUCUGUAUGAUGACACAAGAGCAGCAGUUUUCACUGUGACCAUCAGAGAUCUGAGAGAACAGGAUUCUGGGACGUACCAGUGUGCAGUUGAUAAAUCUUGGACUGAUUCCUACACUGAAGUGAAGCUGAAUGUUGUAACAGCAGCUGAUUGUUGUCAGAAGAGCAUCAGUCUCUCCGCUGCUGCAGGAGCAUCUGUGAACAUCAGCUGCAGAUACCCACAAUCCCACAGGGCUGAUGUGAAGUUUGUCUGCAGGAGAUCUGGAUCUGAUCUCUGUGCUGAAGAGACGUCUGUGAAGGAGAGCAGAAGAUGGAGCGCUGAGGGACAGAUGCAGCUGUAUGAUGACAGAGAGCAGCAGCUCCUGACGGGAAUCAUCAGUCAUGUGACUCAACAACAUUCAGCUGAAUACUGGUGUGGAGUUCAGUCUGAUGGAGGACACAAGAGCUUCAUCACACGAGUCCUCAUCAGCGUUACUGAUGGCUCUCCACUGGUCUCAUCUGUGUCUCCUAUAACAGGCUCUUCUCUGAUCAUCAGUGUGUCUGUGCUUCUGCUUCUGAUAGUGACCGUGACUCUCUGGAGGAGACGUCAGUCGCACAACACUCAUUCCUCAUUCAAAAGAUCUCAAAGUACACCAGCAAACAUUGAUGCGGCUGCCCAUUAUCGUUGUGAUUACGAGGAGACUGAAGAUAGUCACAGACAAUUACCCACAAACCCCUCUGGUUCUACUAAUGCAAUCUAUUCUGAUCCAGAAUUACCCACAAACCCCUCUGAUUCUACUAAUGCAAUCUAUGCUAAUCCAGAAUUACCCACAAACCCCUCUGGUUCUACUAAUGCAAUCUAUUCUGAUCCAGAAUUACCCACAAACCCCUCUGAUUCUACUAAUGCAAUCUAUGCUACUCCACAAUUACCCAUAAACCCUUCUGAUUCUACUAAUACAAUCUAUGCUAAUCCAGAAUUGCCAUAAACCCCUCUGAUUCGUCCAACAUCGUUCACACAUUAACAUUGCAGAAGUCCACGUCUUUCAGUCAUUAUCAUCUACUGAGGGUCUGAAUGACACAGACAGUCCUAAUGAUGUUCCUGUAACAAUUAUCUGUCUUUACAUUAAUGUCUGUCAUUGCAUGCAGCUAUGAGCCAGUGAAUACAGUAAAUAUAUGUUAGCGAUCUGCUGUUUUUAGUUUAUUUGCUCGGUAAACACAACCAUUGCACCUACUGAAGGGAUUUAUGUCAUUUUCUCAAUGUUUAAAACAUGGCAUGUAUUUGUGAACAAAAUAAAAGAUGACUGUUCUUUACAACAAUACAGCAUUAUUGUUUUAGCAUCAAAGCACAUCAGUAACUAAUGCUCUUGUUCUUACAAACUCAGCAGCAGCAGCAGCUCAGGUCUGUCCACAUAAACUGCAUCAUGAUUUGGUUUAUGUUUCAGUUAAACAGCUCCUGAAGGUCAGUUAUUCUGCAUUAUGUUUUAU